AUGAAAACCAACUCACCCGUCCGUCCCCCCCGCAGCACCCUCACCCGUAUCGAAACAUUCACCCACCUCUCCCUCACCAUCCUCUGCAUCUCCCUCCUCCUCAAAACCCUCUCCAGAGAAAAUGGCGAACCGCUCAUCGCCUCGCUCGCUUUCAGCGGUAUCGCCUUCUCAUCCACCUAUAGCAUGAUUCGCUGGCUCGGACCUACAUUCCUGCGCGCCGGACUCAAGGGUCGCGAUCUCUCGAAGCGGGAUCGUAGAGAGGUUCCUGAGACGAUGGGGGCGAUUUGCGCGGUGGUUUAUUUGUUGGUGGUCAUUGUUUUUAUUCCGUUUCCGUUUUAUAAGGAUAUUGUGGCGGCGACGAGUGGAGGGGGGAAUAGGGAUGUGGUCAGGGAGAUGGAGAUGGAGGUGCGUGAUGUGGUGCAGAAUGGGAGGUUUUUGCAUCGGUUUCCGCAUAGUAAGCUAGCAUCCUAUCUCUCCGCGGUUCUGUCCCUCCAAUCCGUAGUAAUUCUUGGAAUUGGCGACGACCUCUUCGAUAUCCGCUGGCGCCAUAAAUUUUUCAUUCCCGCCAUUGCCAGUAUCCCUAUUCUGAUCGUCUAUUUUGUCGAUUUCGGCGUCACCCAAAUCGUCGUACCAAUUCCCUUACAACCCUAUCUGGGCGAGCUUUUCCAACUCGGUCCCCUCUACUACAUCUACAUGGCUGGGAUCGCCAUCUUCUGCCCCAACAGUAUCAACAUCCUCGCCGGCAUAAACGGCAUCGAAGUAUCCCAAUCCCUCGUCAUUGCACUCCUCCUCGUCCUAAACGAUACCCUCUACCUCCUAACACCGUACCCACACCCAGCAACCGACUCGCAUCUCUUCUCCCUCUAUAUGCUCCUCCCCUUCAUCGGAGUCUCCCUCGCCCUCCUCUCCCACAACUGGUACCCAUCCUCCGUCUUCGUAGGCGACACCUACUGCUAUUUCGCCGGCAUGGUCUUCGCCAUCUGCGGCAUCCUAGGUCAUUUCUCCAAAACCCUCCUCCUCCUCCUCAUCCCCCAAACCUUCAACUUCCUCUACAGCACUCCCCAACUCUUCCACCUAAUCCCCUGUCCCCGCCACCGUCUUCCCCGCUACAACUCGCAAACCAAUCUCCUCGAACCCUCCAUCACCCCCUGGCCUCAACCCCCUAAACCGCACCAAGCAGCGCUCCUCCACCUCCUCCAUAAACUGCAUCUCCUCUCCCUCACAUUGAACAACGAAGGCAAAAUAAUCGAAAGCAGUAAUUUCACCCUCUUGAAUCUAUGGCUUGUAUGGUUUGGUCCCAGGAGAGAAGAUCGCUUAGCCUUAGAAAUCUUGGCCAUGCAGACUAUUUGUGGAUUAUUCGGCUUGUUUCAUAGUCAUUGGAUCUCAAUAUCAAUCACCAACUGCACUCCCUCUUCAUAG